GGGGGAGCGGGGGCUUCCACCUUCGCGGCCGCCAAAGCGGCAGAGGCUGCUGCGCCCCAGGCGUGCAGCCCUGCGAGAGAAAAGCUUAUUCGGUGACAGUACUGUGUGCUGUCCCCUCGCAGAUCGAUUGAAAACACAUGGACUGUCACAAAGUAUCUUGAUCCUCUGGACUGCCUAACACGUAUGAGCCGGUUUUCACUGGCUUGGUUAUAAGGCUGGUGAGGGGCCUGGAGCACAAGUCUGAUGAGGAGUGGCUGAUGGAACUGGGGCUGUUCAGCCUGGAGAAAAGGAGGCUGAGGGGAGACCUUAUCGCUGUCUACAACUGCCUGAAAGGAGGAAACAACAGAAAUGACUAACCAAGAAGAAGCUGAGAUACAAAUUUCGGAAUUAGAUUUACUCUCGAGCAUGUUUCCUUAUGAGGAUGAGUUCAUUGUGACUGACCAGCUGGCAGUGGCAGAACUAAAGCACUAUGUUGAAAAUGAAUCUGCAGAGAUGCCAUCUUCAAAAGUUCAGUUUAUACUGAAUGUAAAGCCAGAGAUCUCUAAUGCCUCUAUGGUGGAAUUCUCUAUGGCAUGUGCCUUACCAUUAAAAUAUCCAACUGUUCUACCAGAAAUUACUGUGAGGUCGUCAUUAUUAAGCCGAUCUCAGCAGAUUCACCUGAACUCUGAUCUGAAAACAUAUUUGAUGCAAAACUGCAGUGGCGAGCCCUGCAUGUUGAGUGCAAGGGAAUGGGUUAAAGACCAUGCAGCUGCUUACAUUGACAAAGAACUUUCAUCUUCCUCAGUGACGACACCAAAUGCCGUGCAGUCAGAAGACAUCACGUUCACUCGAUUGUGGAUCUAUAGUCAUCACAUUUACAACAAGCAAAAAAGAAAGAAUAUUAUUGACUGGGCCAAGGAACUCUCUCUGUCAGGGUUUUGCAUGCCAGGGAAACCAGGUGUUGUUUGUGUAGAAGGUCUACAAACUAGUUGUGAAGAAUUCUGGUCAAGAGUAAAAAGAUUAACGUGGAAAAGAAUUCUCAUUCGGCACAGAGAAGAUGUUUCUUUGGAAGGUGGAGGACAUGCUGACAUUCAGAAACAUAGAAAGUUUUCCACUUUGGAAGAAAAAUGUUUUGAUGCGCAUGGUGCCAGAGGAAAUCAUAUGGAUUUGGGGCAGCUAUAUCAUUUUUUAGAAGAAAAAGGAUGUGCUGACAUUUUUCAAAUGUACUUUGGGGUUGAAGGGCAUUGAGGACAUUGAAGAUGACCACAGAUCCAAGUGCCUGCAUUUGUAAAUUAAUCCUUGUAACAAAUUCCUUAGCUGUUCUGUAACAGUUGAUCAGAAAGGGAAUUAAUAAUUUGUGGUUUAUGUGAUGAAUCCUGUUUUCAAUGAAAACAAAUAUCCACUGAAAUCUUGAAUAAUAACAAUGACUAAAUGAAUGCUUUAUUACACUUUCUGGUUUUAAGGACAUUUAGGGUACAUGCAUAAUUGCAAUGAAAGAAAAUAUGUUUGAUAACCUGCUGGGCAGUUACAGAAUUAUAGAUGAAUGAAUAGAUAGAAUUAUGGUGAAUGAAUAUAGGAAUAAGAAGAGACAAAAAUGAAGUGUGGGUCUCUGAGGAGAGGAAGUGUGAUAUUUACAUUGUUACUGUUUACAUACGCUACAUUAAGACUUUUUUGUAACAAUCUUCUACUUUUUACCUGAAAGUAUAUUAAGCCAUGAGAUCAAUGUUUUAUUAAGAAAAAAGAGGGAGCAGGUUCACAAAAGCCUUGUUCACGCAAAUAGGGUGAACUAGGACGCCUACUCUAAGGCGUAAAUUUUUUGCAGGUAACAGUGUGUAUGCAGAUGAGAGAGAUACUGUGGUAGCUCUACGACAGCUGUAGCUGAGGACUCCUGUAGUCUGUUUACUCAUCUCUUAUAAAAGCAAAAGCUUACCAAGGACUGGGCUCCCUUCCAGUACACUCCAGUACAACGAUCCUUACCUUACCCUGCUGAGUUCACAACUUUGCAGUGCACUGAUUUAAAGUGCAUUAUGCUGCAACCUUUGAAGGUCCCUUCCAACCCAAAUUAUUCUAUGAUUCUAUUAUAAGCUUUUUGAGGCUGGUUUCAGCAAUUUUGUAUAAAUGAAUGCUAAUUUGUUUCUUUGCUCAUGGAUUCUGUAUCUAAAUCAUGUAAUAAAAAGCAGACAUUGGUUGCCUCUGAUGUUGAUAAAA